UCUGAACAGAGAGGCCAUUGCCUGCCAUUUACGUCUCCUCCUCGUAACCCCGGUCCCGCUUUGCCCUUUGUCUCGCCAACUAUAAAGCCGGGGCCCUGUGAUGGGUGGCCUUUUUGUAUCGAUGUGCAGGGUCAAGUUCAACUUCUGCAGGUCUCUUGGCUGCAACUACCUUCUUGGCUCACAUUAACUUGUAAAGAUGGGGUGUGGUCCAUCAAUCCCCAAGAAUCACAGCCUAGGUGGGAAGGGGCGAAAGUGCCGGAGCAUCAUGCAGGAGGUUGCCGUGUUUGUGCCCACAGUCCGUAUCCCGGUGGCUUCCGACAUUGUUCAUCCACUCAGGGGAUUGGUUUCCAAGGAUCUCGUCGACCGCCUCUCUACACUGCGUGCUCAUGUCGUUGCACUGGCUGAAGAAAUCUAUUAUGCGGAUGUAUCAGCGGUUUCAGAGCUGCAACAUGCGCUAGAGGAGUACUUGCCAGUGGUUCUUGGUUUAACAGUGAAAGAGAGCCGUCUUGAAUCGUCAGUGGAAUUCAGAUGGAAUACCUUAGAUGAUGACCAGGAGUGUUGCCUGGCGAGUGCGUGGUAUGAGGUGCUGUCGGUCGUCCACAUGAUGGCGAUGCUUGCAUUGUUUGAGGCCAACCUGAUACUCAUUCCGAAGAACGGUCAAGUUGGAGGUGAAAGGAAGGUAUCCGAAGAUGCAAAGAAGGAUGCCGUCAAUUCAUUGCUCAGGGCAUCGGGAUGCUUAGACUACUCCGUGCAUCACAUACUUGUUCAGAUACCUGCACAAGUCAAGAAGAGCUUUCCUAGUUACUUGCAGGAAGGUAUGCUUGAGGCCAUCUCGAUUCAGGCAUUGGCUCAGUGUGUAGAAAUACAGCUUGGUUUGGCUUCUGAAUGUGAAAAGGCAACAUUGUCAGUAAAGAGGAGGCUAGCCUGUGAGAAAGUCAGUUAUUUUUCUCAGGCUCACUACUGCCUAUCGGGAUGCGACACGAGCGACUCAUAUGGAAAGAAGCUUCUGCUAUUCCUCAAGUGGAAGUGCAUGGAGGCUAAGGCUGUUGCAUAUUACUAUCACGGUCUCGUACUCGACAAGGGCGGAGAACCGGCCAACCAUAUCAGCGCAGUCUGCUGCCUCUCUGCAGCCAAUGACCUGCUUUCAGAGAGCAAGAGGGCUUGCUUGAGUUUCUGCUUGGGAAAUCCUGUCACAAGGGUGCCACCUCCUUGGGGCGUCAUGAAGAACAUGCACAAGAAAAUCCCAGAUAUUGCGUACAAGAAGUUCGAAGUGUACGGGCAUCUGUUUGAACAAGACAAGAACAGCGCACUUCGAACAGUUCCUGAGCUACCAGAGUUUGCGCUGUCUCUGAGACCGGAAGGGUACGAGUUGCCAAACACUGAUUCAAUCUGGGAGAAUGUCAAUUGCCAACCUCAGAUUCAGAGCCUCAAGGAACAUCUCAACGACGACGAAGAUGGAGUAGAUACUAAAUGAUACUUCACACUUCCAAAUGCUUUUCCUUCCAUUGUCCGUGAAAAGUAGCAGAAGUUCUAGUUUAGCCUCCAAAUUGCUCAGUCCAAACGGUUUUGGAUCCAGCAUAUGUCACAACCAAAAAAGUAAUCACAAUCUGUAUCUGUAUAACCGGAAGUAUUUACCAUCUGAUAGUAAACUCUUCA